AUGGUCGCGGUGCCGAAUUUUUUGAGGAAAAAUAAGCAGUUAAUGAAAAACCUGCGCGAAAAACAAACCGGCCUGUUGACCCACUACGAUGUUUAUGCCACUUUCCAGGAUAUCUUGAGGAACGCGCAUCUUACAAAUUUUACGAAAUUCGACUGCGAGGAAGUGCUGAGGCCCAAUCCCAGCUCCGGGAACUCGUUGCUACGUCCGCUCGGCCCGCACAAAAAUCGCACAUGCGUCAACACACCUAUUCCCACUGACUACUGCAUGUGUGAAUUUGAGAAAAGCGAGAAAGAUCCCUCCAAAUUCAUCGCGAUGGGUCACUUUGCAGUCCAAGCGAUCAAUGAACUGCUUCAAAAAGAAGGCCUAGCCAAUUUGUGUCAAACACUACGGCUAGACAAGGUGCGCACCGUCACCGCCUACGAGCCGGAAAAAGCCUUAAAACUCUACGAAAUCCAGUUUUCCGCCCUGCCUAGCAAAGGGAUCUACAAAGCUAUGAUUGAAAUCGCGCCCGACGGCUCUUUUGUAUCGCCUAUGCCCGGUGGUGGGCCUAUGCGGAAACGCGCUCGGCGCGCGAUUCCGGAACAUGAACCGACUCCUUCUACCUCCAGUGCAUCACCAGCCCCGGGAUUCGACCGAGAAGAUUCUGAACCCAAAAAGAAGGGUCGGCACGAUGGCCCAAGGCGCCAGUCAACUUAUGGAAUGCGAGGAGGAAAAGCCCAUGCGCAGGAAACGUUCAGCUCCGAAUACUACCAACAGAUGCUCAGCGAUUCGCGCAACUUGCGGAAAGAGAAGCUGACGGAAAUUGUGCCCGAGACUGGCCGGCCAGUGUUGCUGAAAUUCGGGCUGAAGUGGCGUCCGCAGUACUCUGAAGUGCAGAUCCCCGCCCCGGACUCGACAGCCCCGCGCUUUGACCUGGAGAAAAAUGACAAGCUGAGCUAUAGGCCGCGUGCUUGGAAUCGUCCGGCGAAGCGAAUCGCCGUUGUCGUUGAUGGUCAUAUUCCCUCCUACGUCUCUGCCGCUACGCACGAAAUCAUCCCAGCUGCCGAGACGGUCAUUUAUCAAUUGGACGAUCUGGACGUGCGGUAUUUGGGAUUGCUGAACGAGCAUCGGGAAAAUGGGGGCAAGCCUUCGAUCACAUUGCGCCAGCUCGGCCGCGCACUCAACAUCUUCGAGAUGGAGGCUUACAUCUUUCUUCACGCCGCGCUGAUCGAAUCGAUGGCUUUACCGGCCAAAUUUCCACCGCCGCGCGACGAUACGCCAUGUGUGAUUUGCUUGGAUCCCCAUCCCCAGGAAGGCAACCCAAUGCCGAUCUGCGGCAAGUGCAAUAUGACCUGUCACGCACAAUGCUUGUUGCUUGAUGAGUUGCCAAGGGGUGAAUGGACCUGUCCUACCUGCGAAAAGCUUGGCGGUCGCUCUCCGCCCUGCGUGUUGUGCCCAAUGAGGGGUGGCUGCUUGCUGGAAACGAAGAACCCGGGAACUUGGGCGCAUCCCAGCUGUGGAAUCUACUUGCCGGAAGCUGCGUAUCCAGAGCCGGAAGACGGCACGCUUGGCGUUUUGGUGUACCAGGAAAUCCCGGAGCAACGCUGGACGAUGAAGUGUACGGUUUGCGACACUAGCCGAGGUGCCUGCAUGCAAUGUACGGUACCCGGCUGCAAGGUGCCGUUUCACGUCUCUUGCGGACAGCGCGCUGGCCAGCGGUUUCUACUGCAAGAGGAUGCGCAGCUCGUCUACUACUACGCCUUCUGCAGCGAGCACACCAACAACACGCCGAUCGACCCGAAAAAUGCGGUGUCGAUUAAAACCACCGAAAAGCUAAAGCCGCUGUCCGUCGAUGACGUGAUGCCACGCCCAAAAUCCCUGAUUGAGCUUGAGAAAGGUUUCCGGCAGAUGGUUGAGAUGGAGGACGCUGUUAAAAUUCUCGGUUACCCGGAAGAAAUCAUCAAAGAGCUUUACGAUUACUGGGUGCUCAAACGAGCGGACAACGGCUGCCGCCCACUGAUACCAGAUGCGCUGCGCUUUGUCGAAGAGAUGGAACUGAUGAUUACACAAGAGAACCCUGAACGUGACGCUCAAAAAGCUUUAGCCGAAACAGAGUCGUUGAGAAAUGAGCGUUGGGUCGUGCGCACCGAUUUGGAGAAGGUUCGAAAUCUGGCGCAGCAGGUGAAAACGCGCGAAAAGUUCAAGGUGGCCCUGCACGACAUCCAGAUGAGAAUGUUUUUGGCGACAUUCCAAUCUUUCGGCAUCACCGAGGGCAACGUCAACAUGAUACCGUACAGCAGCCGAACGCUCGAGCGUCUACAGGAGCAAACGUACGAGUGGGUCGGUGCCCCGGCUUCAGUGCCGAAACCUACGACACCGCCGAAACCGGAUAAACCAGCUGAUUCGUCACGUAAAAAGUCAACUCCUGCGACGACCCCGGCUCGUAAGGCGUCUCCAAUAAAAACACCAAAUUCCCAACCUCAGAAAACUACCCCGGCUUCAACUUCCCCGAAAAAUACGACGCCUCGCAUGUCCACAUUGGAUAAUUGGCUGUUGAAGAAACCCGGAAGCAUCACCCCGGUGGCGCCAAAGGAGGAUACGAAGCAAUCUUCGAAAAAAUCGCGCCGCUCCAUGCCAUCUUCAUCGCGAAAAUCUGACACAAAAAAGAAGCCAAAGAAAGUCGACGCCAACGAGGAGGAGACGCCAAAAACACCGGUGAAAUCUAGUCCGGCCAAGCUCGAGAAGUCGAGCCCCGCAAAGCCAAGUGCGGCAAAGCCUUCAAAGUCAAGCCCGGCGAAGCCCGAAAAUCCGAGCCCCGCAAAGUCCCAAAAGUCAAGCCCCGCGAAGCCGGAGAAGUCAAGAUCCGCGAAACCCGAGAAGCCGGCAAGGUCGCGAAAAUCACUGGGUGAAAAGAAGGGCGUAACUACUACGGAAUCGUCUGGCACGAAGAAGCAACGUCCUCGCCCUUCUACUUCCGCCCAGGAUGCUGCAGUGAAGCCGGCGGAUAAGGCCUCCGCCAAACCUCGCGACUCCACCCCAAAACCCGCGAAGCUACGCCGAAAAAGUGCGCCGGCGAAAAGCAGCACCCCCGCCACGACGACGCCAAAUCGGUCACCGGUGAAGCGUGGACUCUCACGCACGCCAGGGAAAAAGGCUGCGAAG